AUCGUAUUUCCUGUUUAACUCAACUUUCAUAUAGGUGUCUAUAUAAUACUUUAUUGUUUCCUAUAUCGGUAUAAUAUUGAAACAUCCUAGACUCCUAGUUCUACCAUUUUUCUGUAAGGAGAGCCCUGCAGCUUAAGUCCCUAGCCUUGUCAACCACAGCAAGGAUGUCCCGCACUUUCCAGCGCAUGCGAUCUCCGUUUACAAGGGCGACACACAGAGAGCAACAAGAAGACGAUGCCACUCAGCACUCCCAAAAGGACAGGAAACAAACUUCUACUAGCUGGUCACCCUUUGAAGUUUUAUAUGAUGACCCAACCGGUAAAGCCGAAGUCGAUAUAGUUGCUGUUCCCGGUCUGGGUUCUGAUGCAGACUGGUCAUGGACCUGGAAAGACGAGGGAGGACUACUACCACAUGUCCACUGGCUGAAAGAUCCCGACAUGCUUCCUGCUAUAAUACCAAAUUCUCGGAUCAUGGCGUAUAGUUUUGAGGCGAGGUGGCACUCUAAGGCCCCCCAAAAAAUCCACCUUGAGCUCUGCGGUGAGGAGCUGAUCAACGGCUUGCAUAACAACCGCACUGAUGUUUUGGAGCGUCCCUUAAUUUUUAUUGCACACAGCCUCGGGGGACUAGUUGUGCUGCAUGCCUUACUAUACGCCGACCGCACCAGAAAAUUCAAAUAUUUACCCGAACGAACGGUCGGGUUCGCGGCACUCGGUACCCCUUUCACGGGAACGAGAAUGCGAGGCCUCGCUAAAGCCUCGCCGCAGUUCAUGGGUCCUAUUAGUUUCCGUACCAGUGUCACUAUAGCGCAGCAUCAACACAAGAAGCAUUUACGGGACAAGACACAUGCCUUUGGUCAACUCCGGGAUAAGCUAGACUUGCCUAUAUGUUGUUUUAUUGAACUACACGCUAUCGACCACGGGAAGAGAUUCAGUAUUUCCGGCCUGACACGAGGGAGAACGGUGAACGAGAAGUCUGCCCAUGUCCCCGGCUGGGACCGAGUCUUCCUACAUUCGGAUCACUUGAAGCUUAACAAGUUUUCGGAUCCUAACGAUCGGUCUUUUCUAGCGGUUUCGAACGCAAUUCGUAGCAUGUACGCUAAUCAAGAGAGUCUCCUAGAACGACGGAAGUUUAAUGGACAUGGUAGCGGAAAAGGAAACUUAAAGCACUUAUUAUCACCCCCUGAAAACUUCGAUGUCCAAACGACACAUUCCAAUAGAUUUGAACAGAUGCCUGCCUACUUUGUAGACAGACCUGACCUCCUGCAUAGAAUGACCGAAGAAAUUGGCACAAACCCGCGUUUCCGGUCUAUCUUGUGUCUAUACGGAUUAGCAGGAUGUGGGAAGUCGCUAAUGGCUCGUCACUUUGCGAGAUCGAAGGACUUUACUGCUCGCUUCGAGCUUCCCGGAACAUCGGAAAUUGACUUCAGCAUAACUCUAGCUAGAUAUGCAGAGGACAUCCCUAGUCUCAUCCCGCCAUCACAUUCAGUCAAUUUAACACGAGACAUCUCGGUGAUCGGAAAAUCUCAUAAGCUUCAGAACCGGGAAAGGGAAAACAUAGAUGCUAUCAUCAACUGGCUUAAUGCCAAGGGUAACAAUAAGUGGUUUAUCCUCAUAGACGAUGUUCCUUUCCAACAACCUAGCGAAUUAGUAGCUGACGAAAGCAAACACUGGGUACAACAUUUCGUUGAAAAGAUCCAACAGGGAACUAUUAUAAUAACCUCUCAGAAUUCGGAUUUCGCCCAAAACUAUCCAAAUAUCCAUGUGGAUGGUCUGGAAGACUUCGAAUGCAUACGUCUAAUAGAAAAAGUCAUUGGAAUCCAGGAAGGAUCGGGAGACGCCAGCUAUCCGAAACUAGCGAAACUCCUAGACAAUCAUGCAUUGUCAGUUCAGAGCGCAGCCCAGUAUAUGAAAAAUCACAGAAUAAACGCAGAAGACUGUAUUGGUCUUUGGCGAUCUCAAGAUUGGAGCAUUGCAGACGACUCCAAACUUGACUUGGAUCGGUCAUUGACUAAAACUAUCAACUUAGCCAUUGAGAGGCUUGACUCAGAUGCUCGGGGUUUUCUCCUGGUCUGCGCCUUUUUAGACCCUGAAUGCAUAUGGGCCGAGCUAUUUCCAGACUUAUCUCAUAGUCGGUUUUACCAUAUAGUAAGACAACUAGGUUCGAUAUGCUUGAUUAGACCAGUACCGAAUAGAAGGUUUGGAAAGGCUGGCAUUGCCAUUUAUCCCGUGGUCCACAGAGUAGCUCGUUUACUCGCACUUCAGAGGAGCGACGUCGAAAUGUGCAUCAAUUCUGCUAUGCAUAUUGUUGCAAGAGCAGUACCAAUCGAACAUGCCAAAGGAGCUACGGAUGAACAGCGUCGGCUUUUACCCCACGUAUUACAAUGCAAAGAGAAUUUCGAAAUUCUCAAUGACUAUGGCAUGAAUAUUCAUCGCGGACUCUUACCUAGCCUUGGUCAUCUUGGACAUUUACUCCAACGAAGAAAUCAGUUGGAUGAUGCGGCGAGGAUCUAUGCUUGGACUCUAAACUGGUACACUAGGCUCUCGCCCAUAGCUCAUGCCAAUGACAAAUCAGUCGACGAAUCCAGAUCCGUUAAUAGCGAAACACAAAAGAUAGAUCGCUUGCAUCCCGAGGCUGCUGGGUACUACGCCGUCCUUAAUAAUUUUGGCUUGGUAUAUAAGGACCGAAAUGAGAUUGAGUACGCCGAAAAAUGCUUCGAAGUAGUACGCGAUUCUAUUGGUAUUACCAUAAUGAAACCAUACUUUUGGGAUUUGUUGGAUUCGAAGUUUGGUACUAAUUUUGCACUUUGCCUUAUACAACGAGGACAACUAGAUGAUGCCGAAAUACUUUUGAACAAGGCAAAGGAUAUUUACGAAGCAUUUCUAGGCGACGAUUUCAAGGUGCAGUUGCUCAAAAUUCAACAACAUCUUGGUACCAUUUCAAAAUUACGACAUGAUCUCAUCAACGCAUUAGAACGUUUAAGUACCGCGUCGUCUGGACUUCAAGCUAUACUUGGGAACUGCCUAGAGUUUGCACUGGCGACGAAGGAACUUGGCUCUGUUUUUCUCCUUCAAGAUACAGUAGAAAGUCUACGGGAGGCUGAGAAAUGCUUUAAAGAAGCCGAGAAAUGCAUCGAAGAGCAUUGUGAAGCAGAUUGCAGAGUAGCUCUUGAUCUACAAUGGCAUCAACUCAUUCUUCGCAUGGCACAGUGCUAUAUGUUUAAAAGAGGUGACGAAGCGGCUAUUCAACAGGCUUGUGACGACUAUGAAGAACAUAUCCAGCGUCUAGAAGAGCUACUUCCUAGGAAUGAUAUAAUGACCCUUAAUAGCAUACGAAUUUACGGCAGAUUGCUCAUAAAGCUCGGCAGAUUCCAUGAUGGGAGAAGAAAACUUCAAAGGGCGAUCGAGGGUUACAAACUCCAGAGUAAUGAUCCAUUACAAGCUGCAUCCGCAAAUGAGGACCUUGCCGAUGGAUAUUUGAUAUAUGGGAUCGGAAAUCGACACGAUACUCAUAAUUUCGUGAUGGCAAAAGAGUACUAUUCCAAAUCGCUAGAAUUAUUUUCGUCUCUCAACUCGUCGUUUGCCAAUAAGUUCGCAGCAAAUAUCCAGGCCAAACUACACGAAAUCCAGCAAUUGUUAGGUUCAGCUUCACAACAACAAGAAGUGUUACCGAAAAGAUCAACACCUAUGAGCCAUAUUGACGAAACCGUUUAAAAAGAUAAUAUCGUCAUAACCUUACCACCAUAUGCAUGACAAAUUGUAAAGAUCAAAAGCGAAAAGGACAUAUAUCAACUCUCUUAUAUCAACUCUCCUAUAUGUUAUUAGUACUGCCACAGUUUUUCCAACCAAUCAGAUCCUUAGAAUCCCCCUGCAGCUGGCAUCUCUUUCCUUUGCCAUUCUAUCGCAUAGCGUCUGUAAAUAAUAUAAAUAGUAUAGAAAUUUCAUGCGAAACGAGCUAUAUCAAAAAAUAGCAGUUGUUAGA